UCGUAUUACCGCCUGAAACCCGUCAUAGACUCGUUCGAAGCUCCUAUCGACUGGGCAGUGGCUUAUGGUUCCGGUGUCAUCCGUCAGGCCAAUCGGUCUCCUUCAGACGAACCACCAUUAACAGAUUUAUUGAUAUCCACACCAGAACCAUAUCGUUUUCAUCAAAUAAACAUGCGUCAAAACCCUUCUCAUUAUCCUGCCUACGCCCGAUGGAUGGGACCAAGAUGGGUAGCAGCUAUACAGGAGAGAUUAGGAGCCGAGGUCUGGUAUGUCACUAUGGUCACUGUGGCUGGUGUCAACAUCAAAUAUGGUGUUAUAUCAACUUCUGCAUUGAAAAGAGAUCUAGAAGAAUGGACCACCCUGUACGUUGCCGGUCGGCUGCAUAAACCCGUGAGCACAUUUACCAUACGUCCGUUCUGUUCUCACUCACAGGUUUUGUCUCUUGUAUCUACACCAACUCUCGAGUCGGCUCUCCGGACUAACCUUCGUUCAGCCGCGAGUGUUGCCUUGUUGGGACUAGGACCCACGUUCUCCGAGCUCGCUCUAUGGGAGCAAAUAGCCGGGCUGUCGUACUCUGGUGAUCCGAGGAUGUCUGUGCCCGGAGCUGAAAAUCCGGAGAAAGUUAAGAAUAUCGUCCGUGGAGAAGGGGUGCUGGAUGGGUUCAGAAAGCUGUAUGGGAGACAUUUGGCCAAGAUGUCGCUUGAGUGGGAGAAUGAGAAGUCGUACAAGGGCUGGAGAGGGAUGGGCGAGGAAGGAUUGGUGCAACCUGACUCUACCGAACACUACAUCUCGUUACUCUCUUCCCUACCCGCCAAUCUCCGAUCCAAGUUCCCAAUCUCGACUAUCUCUGACGUGACAUCUGCAGAAAAUGGUGAGUUUUGGAAACAAGUAGUUCAAGAUCCGAGGUAUAAAGCGGUGGUGCAAAAUGAACUACGACAUAUAGUUCGAAGACCAGCUUUGACUCAAUCUAUAAAAGGUCUUUUCACCGCUGGAUUGAGUAAAAGUGUUUGGUAUUCAUGGGCGAAAGUGAGGAAGUGGUUAAAAUCAAGACGG